AGCGCAAUUAUUGGGGACAGUAUAUACGGAUGAAUGCAGUUGCGUCAAUUAAAUGGUGGGGGGUAGCUGGUUGGAGAAAAAUACCUCUCUUGUGUGGGACGGUUGAGCUCGACUUUAAGAGGGCACACUUUCUUUCUGUGUAGUGUCUGAAUGAAAUUCUUUGCCUCCGACACAUUGGCAUCCCUGUCGCCGAUGAUGCUCUAGGGAGGGAUAUAUAUGAGAUUUCACCAGGAGACCUUGAGGUGGCAGAUGGAGAUAUAUCGCCGAAAUGUAGGGUCGUUGGUGUCUUUAAUCUCCAGCUCCUAGGACAUCACCUGCCGUCUUCUUCUCCUUUGCUUUCCCCCUGUGCUUUCUGGACUAUUACCCAGUUGCUCGCGAAGAACCAGGCAUUGUUUCUGCGCCUGGCCGUAACUAAGAUAAAAAUCUGUCAGACAGAAGUUCCCCAGGUGGGUGAGCCUUUUCAUGAGGAUUCUUUGAGGAAGCCCAGAAUAAGGCGUGGAAGCCUGAAAGGGAAGGAAACAUGUUUAAGUCAUGGAGGAGCAAGGAGAAGAAGUUCAAAGCUGUGUUUCAGCUGCAGUUUCAGGCAACCCAGGUGCCACAGAUGAAGAAGCCUGCUCUGACUGUGGCUUUAGUGCCGGAGGAUGUUGGGAAGCCCACAUUCAAGUUGCAGAAAACUGCAGUUCAAGAUGGCAACUGCUUGUGGGAGAAUCCUAUAUAUGUGACAGUUAAACUCGUCAGGGAGCCCAAAACAGGAAAGCUGCACGAGAAAAUAUAUCACUUCAUUGUUGCUAGUGGAUCAGCCAAGAAAGAUUAUCUUGGAGAAUCUUCAAUUGAUUUUGCAGAUUUUGCUGACGAAAAUGAACCAAUGACUGUUUCUCUGCCACUGAAGUUUGCAAAUUCUGGUGCAGUUUUACAUAUAACAAUUCAUAAGAUUCAAGGAGGCAUCGAUCAGAGAAACAGGGCAAGCAAUGGAGAAGCAGCACUACAUCAGGAUGAAAGGUUGAUGAGCCUAUCGAGCAAUGAUCGUUCAGACAUAGAUGACAAGAAUUUUGCAGAAGACAUAGAUGACUUUGAAGAAGGGGACAACUUCAAAGCAUCCAAUGGCUCUAAUGAAAGCAGCUUCAAGUCAGUUGGAAGACAAAACUCAAUGCCUCAGAGGGCAUCGGUUGAUGCAAAUUCAACAACAACAAAGAACCGCCUACACAGACGAUCUAGCACAGAAUGGUCAAUGGCCUCGGCAUCAGAUGAAAGUUUAGUUGAUUCAACUAACAGCCCUGGUGAUGAUAAUAAUGUUCCAAAACAGUUCCAUGAAGCUAGAGAUGAAUCCAUUCAGAAGCUUAAAAGUGAAAUCUUUGGUCUCAUGCGUCAGUCAGAGUUAUCAGAUAUGGAAUUGCAGACUCUUCGGAAACAAGUAACGAAAGAGACCAAAAGAGCACAAGAUUUAUCAAGAGAGAUGAUGGACAUUAAGGAGGAGCGAGAUGCACUGGAGAGAGAAUGCGAACAACUCAAGUUCUCGAGGAAGACUGUAGAAGCAGAGGCUCUGGACCGAGUAAAGACAUCAAAUGAAGGGUCAAGGGUGAAGAUAGAAGAGAUGAGGAAGGAGCUUGCCCACGAAAAGGAGUUGAAGGUCAAUCUCGAGUUGCAGCUACAGAAAACACAAGAAUCAAAUUCGGAAUUGAUUCUGGCUGUGCAGGACCUUGAUGAUAUGUUGAAGGGGAAAAGCAUGGAAAUAUCUAUGCUUUCCAGCAAGCUAGAAGAAUCAAGUCAGCAGGAUAAAGAAGUUUACUGCCAAAAGUGUAGAUGCAACACAGAAACCGAUGAAUAUCAAGAUGAUACCACUACCAGAGAAGCGCUGAAAGAACAGAUAACUGACAUGUCCGAUGAAAUAGAGGCCUACAAAGAGAGCAGGGAAAGGCUGGAGAAGUACAUAGAGCAACUCACACAAGAUUAUGAGGACCUAAAACAAGAAAACCUUGAGAUAACCUCUGAGUUAGAGGAGAACAGGGAACAAAAUUUGAAGGCACAAAAUGAACGCUCUGAACAAUUAGCGACUAUCAAAGAACUUGAAUCACAGCUAAGGAGAGUAGAGCAGAAGAUGAGAGAUCAGACAGAAGAGCAGUCUGAAUCAUUGCUCCAUAUCAAUGAACUUGAAGGUCAAGUCAAAGCAUUGGAGAAGGAACUUGAGAAGCAGGCAGUGGGAUUCGAGAAAGAUCUGGAUGAUUUGACCCAGGCCAAAAUCGAGCAGGAACAAAGAGCUAUUCGUUCAGAAGAGGCCUUGAGGAAGACAAGGUGGAAAAAUGUUGUAACAGCAGAGCGUCUCCAGGAGGAAUUUAAAAAGCUUUCACAGGAAAUGGCCGCAAAAAUUGAAGACAAUGAGAAGCGUAUGACAAGUGCUCAAAUGGAAUCAGACAAGCUCCGGGAGCAGAAUAGGAUCAUGGAAGAAAAGCUUAACAAAGCUUAUGAAGAGAUUGCAGUAAUUAGAGACCAGAACAAAGUGCGAGUGGAAGAGCUAUUGACUCAACUUGAUCUCAGGACAAAAAUGAUGGAAGAGAUUUCAUUGGAAGUAGAAGAAAAGUCGAUGCAGCUGGAAAGUGAGCAGAAGCAAGGAAAAGGAAGGCAAGAAGCUUUCUCUAAGGAAAUUCAAAUGCUCAAAGCUAAAAUAGAAGCACUCACAACAGGAGACACCUCCAAGCAGGCAUCACUUGGAGAAACAGCAAUAGAGAUUGGAAGACAGAGCAAAGGAAAAAAAGAAUUGGAGAGAAAAUAUACAUCAGCAAAGCAAGAAGCAGAAAAGGUUCGAAAAGAGUUGGAAAACAUGAGGUCGUUGAAGGAUGAAAGGGAGACAAUGCUGAAGAGGCUACAGCUGGAAGUAGAAGGACUGAAAGAUCAACAUAAUAAGUUCAUAUGUAGCCUGUCAGAAGAGGAGUUAGAGAAAGAGAACCUGCGGAAGCAAAUCCUUCAAUUGAAUGGGGAGCUACAGAAGAAGGAAUAUGAUCUCUUGCUCUCAGAUAAUGAAGCCGUUGAUAAAUGGAAAGCAAAGACACGCACAGAGCAACAACUGAAAAACUGCAACCUGACAGAAAUGCUGGAUGAGAUGGCACAGAUCAAGGAAAGGAACAGACGCAUGGAAAGUGAAUUGAAAGAAAUGGAGGUGAGAUAUUCGGAUAUAAGCCUCAAAUUUGCUGAGGUAGAAGGAGAAAGGCAGCAGUUGGUCAUGACUGUACGUAACCUGAAAAAUGGUAAGAAGACCUAAAAGGAAAUUCCUGCUGUAAGACCAGUAAACAAAUGUUGAGUGCUGCUCCUUCCUUACUAUUCCAUGGCGAGAGCAAUCAACCAGUUUCUCUGGCAUCAGGACCCGAAUUUUACAAAUUGAUAAAAUCGUCAGGGAAAAUGCGUUCAUAAAGUAUAUGUUUUCACAUCAUGCAGGCAUUGUUCCUUAUAGAGGUUGAAGUAUCAACAUCGGUCCUCUAAAAUGCAAAAAUCAGCCUGCUACAGAUGUACAAUUUGAAAGUUAAUAUAUGAGAACCAACCUCCAUUUUUAACAAUGUUGAUCCAAAUAAAUCUGUGUUGCUACCUAUUUGCUGAACGAACUUUCACUAUUGAUUCCGCAUCCUUUUGUUCAAACGCCUCACACCACCAUCAGUCCAUACUAGCCUAGUUUGACUUCCACUACCAUUAUUUGCAAAUGACAGUGUCUGUUUUUCCCUUCGUUAGAUAGGAGUCCUUAUUGGAGAGAGUGAUACCUGAACUCUCCCAAUUCUUGAUGCGCUUGAUGACCAAGUAGGUGGCUUCUGCUUCAUGGGUCCAGAUCUUCUAUCGCGAGUGUGGUGUCCUUGGUACUUGAAAAAGUUGACGACAGAAGGGCUUUUCCUCUUUGUGCCUUUAGAUACAUCUAUUGCAUAGCCCAGAGCGGCAGGAGAUAUAUCGCUUUGCAAGGAAAGCUUCCGCAAUCUGCUCCUCUCUCUGAUGCCACUAAGAAACUCCAUCGUCCAUGGUGAACUAGUCUGAGGUUCAGAGGAAUGAGUGGCUAUAGACAGUGGUGUUUCACUGUGUACGUUUCUAGAGAGUGAUGAUGGGCCAGAAUUUGGCAUCUCUUCUGGAGGCAACCUAACAGAACUUCCUGCCCGACUUCUUUGUGCUGGAAACUCUUUCAGGUCAGUGCUCUGGUCUUCUGAAGAUAAUUUCCAUUGAUUAUAAACAUUAUCAUAGAAACCUUUAAAUUCUUGUGAACUGCUUUCGCCGUGAUCCUUAAAAGACUCCCAGAGGUCUGUUUCAGGAUUAAUCUCACUGGCCGUUGGGAAACUAAAUAGACUGUUCCCGCCAUAUGCCAGUUUACUUGCAGCUUUAGGUCUGGUAAUAAGAUCUUGAUCUUCUUCACGCAACCAUGAUCGAAAGUACACUGAUUUUUUCGCUGGAGGAAUCUCAUUCUCCGAUGAGGAACUAUUAGUGAGGUCAAGGAUGUCCCCCAUGAAGUCCUUACACCGGUUCUCAUUGACAUCAGAUCCCUAGUUUUGACCCAAUAACGGAUUCAGAGACAUCCCUCUGUUGGGCAACUUGUCCAUUACCUUUGCAGCUCUUGAGUGCUGAGGAGCAUCAUAUGGUUUUGGCACACCGGAAGAAUCGAAAGCCACAUUAGCAUUUGAUUUUUGCUUAUGACCAGAAAAGUCUGCCAAAUGUGAUAUAGACUGUCUCAGCUCAUCAAGAAUCUCCUUUACAUCAGGCGUCCAACAAUCCUUUUCGUCCUCUAGUUGAAACUGCCACUCGCCCUCCAUGCAUGUAUCCAUCUUUGGAGGGCUAUGGACAUAUUUCCUUCGCUUUCUCUCAGAAUGUGGACUCAAAUGAUAUUUGUCGGAGUUUGCUGCAGAUGAAAUGGAGGAGAUGGAGUCUGUCAAUGCAGAUUUAGAAUCCUCCCUCUCGCCAUAUUUGCACAACUGCACAAGGCACUAAACAGUGAUAUGCUUUCGUCAGGAAUACGAUGCUGUUGGAGGGCAAG